AAAGGAAGUGCUCCCCUUCCCUUUUUUUCCUCUCAAAGAACAGCAGAAUAAAAUGAGACAAAAUUUUGUUGGAAUGGUCGUUAGCAAUGCUAUGCAAAAGACAAUCAAAGUUAAAGUAACCACACAAAAACUUCAUCCUAUUGUUCGAAAGACAAUUAAAUCACAUAAAAAUUAUCUUGCACACGAUGAAAAAGAAGUUUGUCAGUUAGGAGAUAUAGUGCGUAUCGAAGCUUGUAGACCACUCAGUAAACGCAAGCAUUUUUCAGUAGCUGAAAUCAUCAGAAGCACCAAGGGUUUCAGUCAGUCUGCAUAAAUACCUGCCGAUUUGUAUACAGUCGAAAAAUACAUAUAGACAAUACUAAUAAAAUGAAUUAAAAAAAGUGUAAAUAAGACAAUGUUGCAGUAAAUUACAUUAUAUAUAUAUGUAUGGCUUGAGAAAAAUAUGAGGCACAAAAAAUGCUCGAAAUUCGUCCAGAAAAAAAAAAAAAGAUGCGAAGUUUCAGGGGAAUAUGUGCGUUUUAGGACGAUCUGUAGUAGGUUGUAGCUGUGCAUGAAUCAAAAGUUGUACAUGUCGUAUUUUUGUAGGAGCCGACAGGUUAACAGUUUAUUAAACAGUAAG